AAUCCCCUCCAUAAGGAAGUAUUUUUGUGUUCGACUUUUGUGAUCAUUCGCUUCUCCACGUACACGGAUAGAGCCUUUUAGCCACGUCAUCCUUCCCUUUCUGUACCAAAAACAGCGUCACCCAAAAUCUGCAGCGCUCCAAUUUCUCAUGCGCAUCGGAGCAGAUUUUCCCAUUGAUUUUCUCUCUCCCAUUUAUGGCCAUUAAAUUGCAGCGCAACAGCUUCUUCCAUUCAAGCUCUUCAGAUGCAUGGGUAUCAGGGAAGCCAAUUAGAACCUGUCUUUCCUGCAAGCAAGUGGCAAACUCAGAUCAUGUCCUAAUUAACUGGGGUAAUUUGAGGAAGAGAUGUGUUAUAAGGCUCGCUUUAUUAGAGAGGAAUAAUCAUGGUCUUAACCAUUGGUUGGUGGGAUAUAGGAAAAACUGUUUAACCUUUCGUAAAUCAAGAAGAAUGGGACACCUCCGUCCUUUUGCAUCUGGUGAUGAGGGUGUAACAGUCAAUGGGAGUCCCCAAGCAAGUACCAGCGGUGGUGUGGAGGGAAUGAGGGUCAAACUAAAUCAAUCACUCCAAGGGGAAGAUUAUAGCGAUGGACUUAUCCAGUAUUUGCAUGAGGCUGCCAGGAUUUUUGAGUUGGCAAUCAAAGAACAGGGCCCAUUGUCAAAAAUAUCUUGGUUUUCAACUGCCUGGCUUGGUAUAGACAGAAAUGCAUGGUUGAAAACACUGUCUUAUCAGGCUUCUGUGUAUUGCUUAUUGCAAGCUGUGAUCGAGAUCUCAUCCCGAGGUGAUGGUAGAGACAGGGAUAUAAAUCUUGUUGUUCAAAGGAGUUUAUUACGGCAAUCUGCUCCACUAGAGAGCUUAAUCAGGGAUAAAUUAUCAUCCAACCAACCUGAAGCUUUUGAAUGGUUUUGGUCUGAGCAAGUUCCAAUGGUGGUCACGUCCUUUGUUAAUUAUUUUGAAGGGGGUGGGCGCUUUAGUGCUGCCACUGCUGUGUUUGGAAAAGGUAUGUCAUUGGGAUCGGGGAAUGCAAGUGAUGAAGCAGUGCUCAUGCUUGCACUUACUUGCAUUGCAGCAAUUACAAAACUUGGUCCAGCAAAAGUUUCUUGUCAGCAAUUCUUUUCCAUGAUUCCAGAAAUAACUGGUAGAUUGAUGGACAUGUUGGUUGAUUUUAUUCCAAUACGCCAGGCUUAUUAUUCUAUGAAGGAUAUGGGUCUACACAGAGAAUUUCUUGUUCAUUUUGGUCCUCGAGCUGCAGCAUGUAGAGUAAAUAAUGAUUCAGGUGCAGAAGAGGUUGUUUUCUGGGUAAAUCUUGUGCAGAAGCAGCUGCAACGAGCUAUAGAUAGGGAGAAAAUAUGGUCACGAUUAACAACAUCUGAAAGUAUUGAGGUUUUGGAGAGGGAUUUGGCUAUAUUUGGAUUCUUUGUUGCCUUGGGCAGAAGCACAAAGUCUUUUCUAUCUGCUAGUGGUUUUGAUGUUAUUGAUGAUCCUAUUGACAGCUACAUUAGGUACCUUAUUGGGGGCAGUGUUUUAUACUAUCCUCAGCUUUCAUCAAUAAGUUCUUAUCAAUUGUAUGUUGAGGUUGUCUGCGAAGAGUUGGAUUGGCUUCCUUUUUAUCCAGGCAACUUUGUCACCCAGAAACAGUUACAUGGCCAUAGAAGUAAAAGAGAAGGUCCUCCCGAUGCUGAAGCUAUCCCCCAAGUAAUAGAUGUUUGCUCUCAUUGGAUGCAGAGCUUCAUUAAGUACAGUAAAUGGCUAGAGAAACCUUCUAAUGUUAAGGCAGCAAAAUUCCUGUCUAGAGGGCACAAUAAGUUAUCGGAGUGCAUGGAAGAAUUGGGGAUAUUAAAGAACGAUAUGGUCGAAAGCAGCAAUAAGAAUUCUGUUGGGAGGACUGGAUCUAUGACUUACUCACCAACUGAGAAAGAGUUGGAUUCUUUUGAUAAGGCAUUGGAGAGUGUGGAAGAAGCUCUUAUAAGACUGGAAAAGUUACUUCAAGAGUUGCAUGUAUCAAGUUCUGGUUCUGGAAAAGAGCAUCUAAAAGCUGCUUGCUCUGACCUUGAGAAAAUAAGGAAGCUAAAAAAAGAGGCCGAAUUUUUGGGGGCUUCUUUCAGAGCAAAAGCAGAUUUCCUUCAGCAGGGAGAAUCAAGAAUCAGUGGGCAGCAACAGCACUUGAAAGGGAAAAACAGGAAUGGUGCUAAUGUAGUGCUGGACAGGAGCGACAGAGUUGUCAAUAAAUCUCGUGGAUUGUGGAGUUUCUUCAUGCGCCCUCCAGCCAGGAAGCCUGGUCCAGAGUCAGUUUCGGAUGGAUCUGAAAAUGAAUGCAUGGAGCAGAAUACUUCAAAUGCUGAUGUUGCAGACUCAGAGUCGAAUGAAAUUCGACGUUUUGAACUUUUAAGAAAUGAGCUAAUAGAACUUGAAAGACGGGUCCAAAGAAGUGCUGAUCAAUCAGAAAAUGAGGAGUUUAAGGUUACAGAUGAUGGUGAUAAUUAUCAGGAUGAUGCUACAGGUUCUCAAUUGGUCCAGGUUCAGAAGAAGGAUAGUAUAAUUGAAAAAUCAUUUGUCAAGCUAAAAGAAGCUAGCACGGAUGUCUGGCAAGGAACCCAGCUUCUAGCUAUUGAUGUUGCUGCUUCUAUGGUGUUGCUCAGACGGGUACUAAUAGGAGAUGAGCUGACGGAAAAAGAAAAGAAAGCUUUCAAAAGAACGAUGACUGACUUAGCAUCAGUUGUUCCAAUUGGGGUUUUAAUGCUUCUUCCUGUUACUGCAGUUGGGCAUGCAGCCAUGUUGGCUGCUAUUCAGAGAUAUGUACCAGCUAUGAUACCAUCCACAUAUGGACCUGAAAGACUGUAUCUCUUGAGGCAACUUGAGAAAGUCAAGGAGAUGGAACCCGAUGAAGAAAAUCCAAAUGAAAAUGUGGAGGAACUAGCCUGACUAAUAGCCAAUGCAAAUUUGUACAGCUGUCAAAGGUAGGCACCAAUGGCUGCAGUCUUGUGGGGCUAGAGCUGGAGUGCCUGGCUCACGAUUCAUUGAAGGGUGACCAUCUUUCCUAAACUCUGUUAGAUAUGUGAUGUUUAAAAACUGGAUCUUCCUGUUUCCAUAAUCCAUCUCUUUGAUUACAUUGGAAAUGA